UGUCAUAGGAUGAACACUGCUGGUGGGGUGUGUCUGUCUGUGCUGUCCUCUCUCCUGGCUGUGGCUGGGGCCCUGGCUGCCUUGUCUGCCCUCACACUAGCUCCUCUCUCUGCCCUGGCUGAGGCUGCUUAUGGGGCUGCCGACGGCGUCCCUAGCACCGGGGCAGAGGGGGCCCCCUCGCCAAUCUCCUCACCAUGCUCCAGCCUUGUAGCUGGGGUGCUCUAUGGGUCUUUCUCCCUAAGGGAGCUCUUUCCCUCCAGGGCGCCAGGCUGUUCCUGGUCCCUGGAAAACCCUGAUCCCACCAAGUACUCCCUCUACCUCCGCUUCACCCGGCACCCUAUCAUCUGCCGGACACACUGCCCCAUGCUCCUCUCCCUUGAUCACCACCUUGCCAAUCAAAGCUGUCCCCUUCACUUACAAACAGCCGCUGCCAAGGAUCAGGAAACCGUUGAUCUCUGUGGUAGCCCAUCCAACUCAGAGGGACCAUACUCCUUCCUACAGUUUGAUAAGAACUUUGUCCAGCUAUGUCUAACGAGACAUCCAGCUGCAGACGAGCCUCAGUUAUCUAAGGAAUUACUGGAGCUGAGGCUGGUAGAGGUGUUGCUCAUCAACAACGAGAACUCCAGUCAGUUUACCUGCGGCGUGCUCUGCAGAUGGUUUGAGGAGUGUUUACGCACAGGUCACAAUGGAGACCAGGAGGUUUCUGACGGAGAUGGUUGUGGGAUGACGCAGACGGGAUGUAUCUGUCCAAACCACAACAUCAUGGCACCACCUGUUCCCUUGCUCCCGGAGACGCCCCACACUUUCAGCAAUGGCUCGGUUGUUCCUGAUGACUGCUGCGUCACUGAGCUGCACUCCAAUGAAGCAAUCGCCAUAGCACCCCGAGAUGUUCAUCAAGACCCAUAUGAUGAUGACGAUCUGAAAGUGAAGACCCAGAGACCUCGAUCAGCUGACCAGCCAGGUGUGUUUCAGGCACAAACUGGCGACCCCGCGGCAGAGGAGUGGUCACAGUGGAGUGUGUGUUCUCUCACAUGCGGGCAAGGCUGGCAAGUGAGGACGCGAUCAUGCGUUUCUUCUCCCUAUGGGACAUUAUGCAGCGGAGCCCUGCGGGAAACACGCAUGUGCAACAACACCGCUUCCUGUCCGGGCGAUCCUGGCAUCACAGGCUCAGUGCAUGGGCUUUGGGAGGAGUGGUCCUCAUGGAGUCUUUGCUCUGUGACCUGUGGGCGGGGCUCCAGGACUCGAACCAGGAAGUGUGUUAACGGAAGCGCGGCAAUGGCUUGUGGAUAUCCCGAGGUUCAGACCAAACUCUGCAACAUAGCAGUGUGUCCUGUGGAGGGCCAGUGGUUGGAGUGGGGGCCGUGGUCGAAAUGCAGUGUGACCUGUAACACGGGAAGCCAGCAGAGACAGAGGCGCUGCAGUGCGUCUGUUCACGGCUGGGCUGAAUGUAAGGGCCCCCACCAGGAGAGCAGAGAAUGCACCAACCCUUCCUGCAGUGGUGGAGGUAACUGGGGCAACUGGAACCACUGGAGCCUCUGCAGCAAGACAUGUGACUCCGGUUGGCAGCGUCGCUUCAGGAUGUGUGAGGCGACCGGAGUACAGGGCUAUCCCUGUGAUGGCUCAGGAGAGGAGGUCCGGUCCUGUAAUGAGAAGAAGUGCCCUGCUCCUCAUGAGAUAUGUAAUGAAGAGAACCUUCUAUCUAUGUCAUGGAAAAGGGCCUCAGCUGGAGAAACGGUGUACAACAAGUGUCCAACUAACGCCACAGGAUCUGCUAGUCGUCGUUGCAUGCUGGACAAUAAUGGAGUUGCUUUCUGGGGUCCUCCGAGCUUCGCCAGAUGCGUCUCACUUGAAUAUAGAUAUUUACAUUUAUCUUUACGAGAGCAUCUCGCGAAGGGUCAGAGGACCCUGGCUGGGGAGGGCAUGUCUCAGAUCGUAAGGACUCUCCUGGAGCUCUUGCAGAGAGGGAGCUACUACAGUGGCGACCUUCUCUUUUCCACGGAGAUCCUACGAAAUGUGACGGACACCUUCAAAAGAGCAACCUACAUCCCAGCUCCCGACGACGUGCAGAAACUCUUCCAGGUAGUCAGCCUCAUGUUGGACAUGGAAAAUGUAGAGAAAUGGGAGGACGCCCACCAGGUCGCUCCCGGUGCUGCUUUGCUGAUGAAGAUAAUAGAAGAUUUCAUUCACCUCAUUGGAGAAGCCCAGAAGCCUUUCCAGAGUUUCUUAGUGGUUACCAACAAUCUUAUGAUAACCGUGCAGAGAGAGCCAGUGUCAGCCGUUUCCAGCGACAUCAACUUUCCAAUGAAGGGCCGGAGAGGGAUGAAGGACUGGGCCAGAACAGCAGAGGACAAGCUCUACAUCCCUAAAGAGGUCUUCAUCAACCCGGCUGAAGAGACAGAGAUGGAGUCAGAAUCUCCGAUGUAUUAUGUCAUCGGAGCCAUCUUGUACAGGACGUUGGGCACCAUCUUACCCGCACCAAACCCUCCUGCAGUGAUCAACUCCAAGAUCCUUACAGUGACAGUACGACCGGAACCGCAACCCAGCAAGCCCAUGGUGGUGGUGGAGCUGUCGCCGCUUUUCAAUGGUACAUCAGAUCCACAGUGCAUUGUCUGGGACUAUGGCAACCCGGAAGCUGGCGCAGAAAACUGGGGCACAGAAGGCUGCCAAACGCUUGCGUCAACCACUGUCCACACCAAAUGCCUGUGCAGCAGGAUAUCCACCUACGCCGUGUUAGCGCAGCAAGCUAAAGACCCGGACAUGGGGCCGAACAGCAUGCCCUCUGUGCCCCUCAUGGUGGGCUGCGGGGUCUCCUGCACCGCUCUGCUCAUCCUGCUGCUAAUCUACGCUGCCUUCUGGAGGUACAUACGCUCGGAGAGAUCCAUCAUCUUGGUGAAUUUUUGCCUCUCCAUCUUGGCCUCCAACUUAUUGAUUUUGGUGGGACAAUCUCAAACGCUCAGCAAGGGCCUUUGUACUGUGACUGCCGCCUUCCUGCAUUUCUUCUUCUUGGCGUCCUUCUGCUGGGUGCUGACGGAGGCAUGGCAGUCCUACCUCGCCGUCAUUGGGAAAAUGAGGUCACGACUCAUUCGCAAGCGUUUCCUGUGCCUCGGCUGGGGUCUUCCAGCUCUAGUAGUAGCAGUAUCAGUGGGUUUCACCAGAGCAAGGGGUUACGGCACAGCAAGCUAUUGCUGGUUGUCCUUGGAGGGUGGUUUGCUUUAUGCCUUUGUUGGGCCGGCUGCUGUCAUUGUAUUGGUGAAUAUGCUCAUUGGAAUCGUGGUGUUUAACAAGCUCAUGUCUCGAGAUGGCAUCUCAGACAAGUCUAAAAAGCAGCGAGCGGGUGUCCCAGCGGAGGCGCGUAGCCGACUGCUCCUGAAAUGCUCCAAGUGUGGCGUGAUCUCGAGCACCGCUAUGUCCAGCCAGACUGCCAGCAGCGCCAUGGCAUCUCUGUGGAGCUCCUGCGUAGUUCUUCCCCUGUUAGCAUUAACCUGGAUGUCAGCAGUGCUGGCCAUAACUGACCGGCGCUCCACACUCUUCCAGGUCCUUUUCGCCGUCUUUGACUCCGUCCAGGGUUUCGUCAUCAUCACCGUCCACUGUGCAAUGCGUCGAGAGGUGCAGGAUGCGGUGCGCUGUAGGAUGGGGGGAUGUAAAGAUGACAGCGAAAACUCCCCAGACUCCUGCAAGAAUGGACAGGUGCAGAUCAUGAAUUGUCCUAAUGUGAACUAUGGUGGGCCGCAGUAUGGCUCUUUGCGAGUCGGCACAUCCCUGUGUCCGUCCAGUUGCCACCCACAGCAGUUCCCACCUGCGGGCCACCAGGCCUGCCAACAAGCCUGUUACCACAGUCUGCCCCGCAGCAACAACCACGGGCUCGAGCACAGCCACGCACAUGAGCACAGCCCCAUCAUGAACAAUACCCACAACCACGCUCAUAACCAUAACCACGUCAACUACAACCACAACCACAUCGGAGGCCUUCCAACGGAUUUUGAGAAGGAUGUGGACUUGGCAUGUCAAACAGAGAGAGGACACCCAUUCAUAUUCAAGGAGGUCAACACGUGUAACCCGGCCACCAUCACUGGCAAUCUUUCCCGCAUCUCCCUGGAUGAUGACGAGGAUCCAAAGCUAGCAGCCCAUCAGGAAGGGGUCAACUUCAGCUCCCUCCCCGGGAACAUCCCCCCUCCCAACCUGAUCGUACAGGUUCCAACCAUGGGCGGCCUGAAUGAGCUGAGUGAGACGGCCCUAAAGAAGGACGUGAACCUCGAUCAGCAGAGACAGCAUGGGCAGCAACGUAGCGGCGCUCCAAUCUACCUUUGCACCGAGAGUGGCCUAGGGUGGGCUCGACCGCCCCCCUCCUCCAACACCUCCCAGGAUGGAAGCGCCUGUAGCGGAGGCAGUGGAGGAGGAGGGAGCGGAAUAAAUGGAGGAAGCGGGGAGGGAGACUACAUGGUCUUACCUCGCAGGACGGUUAGUCUCAAACCUCCAGGUUCCUGCUCCCAAGGAGGAGGCCUGGGUCUGGGGGGCGAGGACAAGCCACUCAACAUCGCAGUGGAGGAUCCUCCCUUCCCCCCGCCUCCCUCACCCCUGACCCUCCACCCAGCUGAGAGCGAGGCGUACCCAGCGGAUUUUGUGCCGUCAAGCGUAGGUGACAUGAACAUCGCCAUGAACCUCAACCGCUCUUAUGGGACGAUCAAAACCAUGCCCCACGGGCACGCCCACAUGAUGGCUCCGGGUGGCCUUGUACACUCCCACGGAGGACACAUGCACUCCCAUGGACAUUCGCUCCAGCUGAAGCAGGGCCAGAGGCCGUCGGUCAGACAGAUUCUGACAGGGGGAUCCACGGUGGAGAGAACCAGGACCCUGCCACGCAACUUGGGUAGCACCAAUGCCAACAGCAGCCACUCAGCAGGAUCCUUGGAGAGGAAAAGAGUACGGUACUCUGAGCUGGAUUUUGAGAAAGUGAUGCACACUCGCAAAAGACAUUCUGAGCUGUACCAUGAGCUCAACCACUCGUCCAAGUUCCACACCAUAGACAGGUAUAGCAGGGACCCAGCCAUGUCCACAUUCAAGAGGGAAAAGCGAUGGAGCAUUUCGUCUGCCGGAGGUGAAAAGAACUCGUCGAGUGACAAGUCAACCCCAGAGGAGCAGAGCUCGUGGGACAGCUUCAAGACCAUGACCCCUGAGCUGUCCAUCGUGCCUGGGGAGCAGAAGGACCGGAUGGAACUGCACAAUAAGAACUGGGACUCCUCCUCCGCAAACACGCCUGACUCAUCUGAGGGAGACUUCCAGACUGAAGUGUGAACACACAUGCAUACGUAAACACACUCACUUGAAAUACGCACUCUCGAACUUCUGAAAAGCUAUACAUAACUACAUGAUUUCUUGCAAAGAUCUCACACACACUGCUCCCCGUCUCCUGCAAUGUGCUCUGUUCGGAUGCGUUACUGUAUUUGUUUACUGCUGCAGUGGACAGACAUGGAAAGAAGACUGUUCUACCCUAUAUUUUCGCAAAGACUAUUGAAGAAAGAGAACAGGGGCUCGACAUGUCUGGGACUGAGACAGAUUUUUAAAUGAACUUGAAAACAAAAACUAUGAAAAACUUAUUUCUGAGAAAAAUGUCUUGAUUUUAUUCUGGAGAAAAAAGAAAAUCUCUUUCAAUUGUUUGAGGAUUAGGGGGGAAAAAAGAAUAUUUCUGCACCGUUAAGUUCUUUUUAUAGCAAGGGAAAACAAUCUCAAUGAGGUUUCUCACGCUGGUAGCCCCCCUAGGCACCCUACUUUCAUUUAUUUCCAUUUCCCCUUCUAAUGAAUGACAGAAGCAUUUUAUCUCUCAGUCUUUCCUUUUUUAUUUAAAUUUUUUACUUUUCAUCAUUUUGGAUGGAUAUGGGAUAUGUUACAGGAGAAAAGGGGUGCUCAUUGAUAUGUGCUAUCCUCUCUGCUUUUUUUCAGGCUCCAGUUCAAUAAUCCCAUCCAUCCAUUCUUCUCACAUUCUGUGUCAACAUUGUAUUUCCCCUUUUUUCUGUAUUUUCUAUGGUUUAGUUAAAAAAAAAUGUCCUCUAUGGUUUGAAACUUUUAAAUGAAAAAAUAAUAUGAUUGAAACAACUGUUCAAGAAGAAUUGAUUUAUUUUCAGACUGGUUUCAUUUCUGCUGCCUUUUUUCUUUCUUUCAUUUCCUGUCAGAAUUAACCCAUGUGAAACUUUCAAAAAUGUAGAACACACAGCACAUAAUGAACAUGUGAGCUUACUUUCUGAGGGUGACAUGUGCCGCAUGUUAGCCAACCUUGAGGGAAAAGGACGGUGAUCGUCAUGCAGAUUCUCGCAUCUCCUUCUUUUCCCCUAGUGCUUGGAGAUAAAAGCCUUUAAAGAUUGCAGCACCUGAAUCCAUUUCAGCCAUCACCAAUCACAGUGAAAUAUAUCAGUCACUUUCAGCCCAAAUGGAAUCCGUAAAGGCUCUGUUUAGCAUCUUUCAUACCGCAAAAAUGUACGAUUAUGCCGCUGAGUGAACCACCAAUCCGUUUAACUGUUAACUCGCCCUCCCCUGUUGCUGAGGGUAGAUUUUUAGCUUCACGUAACCUUAGUAGGUGUUUCUACUUACUCUAGAAACCUUCCAUUUAUUUAAAGAUGAACAUAUCUUUUUUUUUGCUUUCGUCUACCACUUUUUACUGUUCUCCGGCUGCCAGCCCACCAUCGUGCUACCAGGAGGCAUGAAAUCUUAAUGUUAGCUGUGAAGCAAGAUGUAUAAUUCCUCAUCCACAUGGAUACCUCUCCCUGUCAUUUAAUCCUGCUCUUGUGAGCACAGCAGCUGCAGAAAGAGAGAGGGUAAUAGAAAGAAGGAGUCACAGAGGUUAUGAGGCUACAGGGUGGCAGACUGGAGAGGAAACAGCCACCCAAAAAAAAAAAAGCCAGUGGUGAUGCUUCCUGCUUGAUAUUCCACAUCCGUACUUCGGUCGCUGCAAGAGGACAACCAGUUUCCUGCUGUUGCUACAUUAGCACAUCGUCCCCCCACACAUAGAGAAAGUGUCAGGGUGCAGGAUGCAUUCAAUAGAUGGUUCGAUAACUUUUUCUGUCUAUGCUCAAUGCUGCUCCCAAUAGUCUGUGGAAAGAGACGAGGGACAAUUUAAGGAGAAAGUAGCGCAAGAGACAAUGGUAGCCAAGGAUAAAAAAAGAUCCGAACAUAUAUAAUGAGGAAGCUUGAGGCAGGAAGAGAUGCAGAUUAAGGAGGGGAGCGCUCAAAACAGUAAUUAUCCGGGGAUGGCGAUUUGUCCUGACAUUUUCCGAUGCAGCCCUCAAACCAUCUGUUUAAAGAUCCCUAAUGUGGGAGUACUGCGGCAUGGCGCAGAUGGUGAGACAAGAGUGCGGCCAUCCUAACCUUUCAAGUUAAUCAGCUGAUAGACAAACAUAACGCUCCCCUCCCUCUCAGAGGAGCGAGAUAGGUUCGGCCCCCAGGUUGCACUGCAAUAAGGUCACAUUCACCUGACCUUCACUGAGGCUCGGGAUCCAGAUCUACUGUAGAGUGUGUCCAAAAAAGAAAAAGCAGCGGUCUCACAUGGUCUCAUUCAACGGGCGUUAAUCUAUGGCAGCGGAAACAUCAGUCUCAGGGGAAACGGAGUUGACCUUAACAUAGAUAAAACAUUGUGUAUACAUACAACUGUUUAAGGGCGAAUGUUAUAGAGGAAUUCUCUACAAAGCCUUGUUCCCAUGGUUACUUAAAAAUGGGAUUUGAAGAAAGAAAGAAAUGUGAAUGUGUGAUUGCAGCGCACUAUGAGAUUUUGUUAAUUACCUUUUUUCCGUUUGUGAGCUUUUUUCCUAUCUUGAAUAAUGUGACAGGUUUCACCUGGAGUUUGCUGGUUUUCAUCUUCAGGAACGGUAAGUUAGAUUGCUGCUUCAUUUUUUCAGAAUGAGAUGUUUGAUCAUGACUAAGGAAUCCACACACAAUUGUACAGCUGUCUUGUCUUUGAUGAUUCACUCUGGCAUAAUGCGAAUGCUAACACAUGACGUUGACGGUUUGAGUAUGUCAUCUUUUUCCUUUGUGUGCUUGAAUCUUGCCAAACUUAAAAUAUGAAACACAGCCAAUUUUCAGCUUAAGGCGGAGGCCAGCUCAUAAACGUACUUUACUCACCUCACCUCCACUCUUCGGCCUUUUGAUGAUUAGGUGUUCAUCGCCUGCUUCAACCAUCCAACAAUCCAGCUGAUUUAUAACUGAAAACCCCUCCCUUCCCCUUUUCUCUCUCAUUUUUGUUCUUUUUAUACAUAAGAUUGUACAAAGUAGUCCUCUAAUGUUUUCAU